ACUCCAGGCGCUUGCAGGAGCCGCCGUUUCAGCAGUUCGCAUUUCCUCCUCAAUUGGCUUGAUGCUGGACCCUGAGCACCUCAGAAUCACAUGCCUCAAAUGAGAUCAUGCUUCUCCGUGUCCUUCAAAUCCCUCCUGCUAUAGAAAGGCCCGUAAGCUUUGGUACACACGAACCUUUUACACCCCACUGCAAUGCAGCCUCGGAGGCAGGACAGACCCCUGUGAGCACAGAUUGCAGAAUUGCGUCCCAGCUCCCCUCUCCGUGGCCAGCUCCUCCACCUGCAGCAUGCAGAGUCGCCACGUCUGGACGCAAAGCAAAGGCUGCAGUGACAAUUCUUGCGUCACCAUACCAAUAAAAGUAAAUGCUAACGUUUUCCCUGUCUGUACCAUUUCUCAACCGGUAUUCUCAAAACAUCGUGCACGGUACUCGCUACCUUAAUAAGAAAGACCUCAUCUUCCCUUGAAGAGGGGAGGGAGCACUGGCAGUUGCUGGGUAAUUUGAAGACAACUGUGGAGGGUUUGGUGUCAACCAACAGCCCCAACGUCUGGUCCAAGUAUGGUGGCCUGGAGCGGCUUUGCAGGGACAUGCAGAACAUCCUCUAUCAUGGGCUCAUCCAUGAUCAGCAGGUGUGUUGCCGCCCGACUGACUACUGGCAGUUUGUGAAAGACAUCCGCUGGCUCAGUCCCCACUCAGCCCUUCAUGUGGAGAAGUUCAUCAACUUGCAUGAGAAUGGACAGAGCAGCACUGAUGGCGUGAGUGAGCACGUCAUUGCAGAGCUGUGGCUGCAGCAUAGCUUGCAGUACCACUGUCUCUCAGCCCAGCUCCGACCUCUGCUUGGGGAUAGACAGUAUAUCAGAAAAUUCUACACAGACACGGCUUUCCUCCUAAGCGAUGCCCACGUCACGGCCAUGCUCCAAUGCCUAGAAGCAGUGGAACAGAACAACCCCCGCCUCCUGGCUCAGAUUGAUGCAUCUAUGUUUGCCAGAAAGCAUGAGAGCCCACUGCUGGUGACAAAGAGCCAGAGCCUAACAGCUCUGCCUGGUUCUACAUGCACCCCUCCAAUCCCCUACGCUCAGCAUUCCUACUUUGGGUCCUUCUCUAGCCUCCACCAGUCCACACCCAACCACGGUCCAGAAAGAAGAUCUACUUCCUUUUCACUUUCUGGCCCUCCCCAGAAACCUCAAGAAAGCAGAGGGCACGUCUCCCCUACAGAGGGUCAAGCCAUCCAGUCCCCUCUGCUUCCAGUCUCUGCAUUAGCCAGGGAUUCCCCCUCAACCCCAAAUGAGAUGAGCUCCAGCACUCUGACCAGCCCCAUAGAAUCGUCCUGGGUCAGCAGCCAGAACGAUUCCCCGAGUGAUGUCAGCGAGGGGCCCGAGUACUUGGCCAUAGGCAACCUGGAUACCCGAGGCCGCAGCGCCAGCACUCAGAGUCACAGCAGCAAUGCUGAGAGCAGCAGCUCCAAUUUGUUCUCCUCCAGCAGUUCCCAGAAGCCAGAGUCUGGUGCUUCUUCCCUAGUGGACCAAGAGGGAGGUGGGCAGAGCCAGCUGUCCACUGUCCUCCGUAGGUCCAGCUUCUCAGAGGGGCAGACACUCACUGUCGCCAGCGGAACAAAGAAGAGCCAUACUCGCUCCCAUUCAGAUACCAACAUUGUCUCCAGAGGAGCCCCAGGAGGCCCCAGGAAUAUCACCAUUAUAGUUGAAGAUCCCAUUGCAGAGUCCUGCAAUGAUAAGUCGAAGUUGAGAGGCCCUUUGCCCUACUCUGGCCAAAGCAGUGAAGUCAGCACACCCAGCUCUCUGUACAUGGAGUAUGAGGGUGGUCAGUACCUGUGCUCAGGGGAAGGUAUGUUCCGAAGGCCUUCCGAAGGACAGUCGCUUAUCAGCUACCUGUCGGAGCAAGACUUUGGCAGCUGUGCAGACCUGGAAAAGGAGAAUGCCCACUUCAGCAUCUCAGAGUCCUUGAUUGCUGCCAUUGAACUAAUGAAGUGCAACAUGAUGAGCCAGUGCCUAGAAGAGGAGGAAGAGGAGGGGGAAGACAGCGACAGAGAGAUCCAGGAACUGAAGCAGAAGAUCCGCCUCCGUCGCCAGCAGAUCCGCACCAAGAAUCUGCUCCAAGAGACCGAGCGUGGAAGCUUUCGGGUCACUUCCAGCAGCUCCCAGUUCAGUUCACGUGAUUCGGCACAGUUCUCUGACUCAGGUUCUGCUGACGAGGUUGAUGAAUUUGAAAUCCAAGAUGGUAGCGAAGGAUCUAACCUGACUCACAUGUCAAAGAAUGGACUCUCAGUGUCAAUGGCCUCGAUGUUUUCAGAUGCUGACAUCAGAAGGAGCACAUCCUCAAACAACAAAUCCUUGAUUUCCUCCCAGUCCUUCUCCCACUGCUUCCUGCACUCCACAUCCGCUGAGGCGGUGGCCAUGGGGCUCCUGAAGCAGUUUGAGGGGAUGCAACUCCCAGCUGCCUCGGAGCUAGAGUGGUUAGUUCCAGAGCACGAUGCCCCUCAGAAGCUCCUGCCCAUCCCCGACUCACUGCCCAUCUCACCAGAUGACGGGCAGCACGCUGACAUCUACAAACUGCGCAUUCGUGUUCGUGGCAACCUGGAGUGGGCCCCACCCCGGCCUCAGAUCAUUUUUAAUGUUCACCCAGCCCCCACGAGGAAAAUUGCUGUGGCCAAGCAGAAUUACCGCUGUGCAGGGUGUGGCAUCCGGACGGACCCCGAUUAUAUCAAGCGGCUGCGAUACUGUGAGUACUUGGGCAAGUACUUCUGUCAGUGCUGCCAUGAAAAUGCACAGAUGGUCAUCCCCAGCCGGGUGCUGCGCAAGUGGGACUUCAGCAAGUACUGUGUCAGCAAUUUCUCCAAGGACCUGCUCAUCAAGAUCUGGAAUGAUCCUCUCUUCAAUGUACAGGACAUCAACAGUGCCCUCUACAGGAAGGUCAAGCUGCUCAAUCAAGUCCGGCUGCUGCGGAUCCAGCUGUAUCACAUGAAGAACAUGUUCAAGACAUGCCGAUUGGCUAAAGACCUUCUGGAUUCCUUUGACACGGUACCAGGCCACCUGACAGAGGAUCUCCACCUGUACUCACUGAAUGACCUGACUGCAACCAGAAAGGGGGAGCUGGGGCCUCGGCUUGCUGAGCUCACCAGGGCGGGGGCUGCCCACGUGGAGCGAUGCGUGCUCUGCCAAGCCAAGGGCUUCAUCUGCGAGUUCUGUCAGAAUGAGGAUGACAUCAUCUUCCCUUUCGAGCUCCAUAAGUGCCGGACCUGUGAAGAGUGUAAAGCAUGUUACCAUAAAGCUUGUUUCAAGUCUGGAAGCUGUCCCCGGUGUGAGCGGCUGCAGGCCCGGCGGGAGUUGCUGGCCAAGCACAGCCUGGAGUCCUUCCUGUCCGACUACGAGGAGGAACCCACUGAAGCCCUAGAGGCUACCGUCCUGGAAACCACCUGAGGAAAGCACGUGAAACCCUUUUCCUAGGGACUAGGGUCACAGAACGCAGAACUGAGCCACCCUUUUAAGGACUAUACCCACUUUUUUCUUUUUUUUUUAAUUAUCAUUAUUAUUUUUUUAUUACUUGUUUAAUGUCCAUAUAUAGCCAACCUUUGUUAGGUUGGUGGGGUCCAGUGUGUUGUAACAAUUUGUAGAUACCAGGUAUUUCCAUGAGAACUGGCACGUGGGUCCUUAAGUGAAGCUUCUAGUGCCUCUGUCAGGGGAAUGGACAGUGAGACCCAGUCCUUCUGACAUCCAUGGCCUCCUCCACUUGGACCAGAUCUGGUUUCUGCUGCAUCUUAAGUAUCAUUUUCAGUUUUAUUUUGUUUUAGUGCUGGAGCUUCUGAGCCAGGCCUUUCUCAACAAACUCACUUCUCCUUUGCUGCUGAAACAGGAGGAUGGAGUUUUCUCUCUCCCAAUCCUGGAAUAGGGUCAGACCCGUGCCCUGAGGAGAAGCAGCAGAGAAUGGGACUACAUUGUGGACAUUCUGUCCAGCUUAUUUAGAUAUUUUUAAGGCCAUAAAAACAGCGUUGGUACUACCCUGGAAUCCACAGAGACCUCAAAGAGGCAGCCAUGAUGCCCUUGUUUGAAGUAUUCUAGGCAUAGAUGAUGUGACUGACAGCUGACUAUACCCUGGUGGGCUGGAAGCAAGAAUAGCACUGAUACUUGGGCCAGGCCCAUUUGUAGCCUCACACUGAGCAUAAGUGAGGCUACAACUUGUUGCUCUAGGAGAAUUUGUUCAGUGAGAGGAGCUGCUGGUCUCCUCUUAGGUGAUAAGGUCUCUAGCUCUGGUGCAGGUAUAAUCUUUCAACCUCAGGCAAGUCCCUGAUGCCAUCCUCAACGGAGGACAGAGACCCAUCCACCAACUUAUUUGUGUCGUCUUGCCUCUCUGUAUGUCCUCUGUUACAUGGUCAUUGUGGGUCCGAGUAAAAGGGUGGCCCAACUCCAUUCUCUCUCGCUCCUUCCUGUAACAGAGCUGGGACCCUCCCUGGUGGCUGGUCUCCUGCCUUAGUUUUUUGUCAAAGUUGGGGGCAAAGCUUCCUGCUAUCAGUGGUGUUAGAGAACUUGCCAACUGUGGAUGUGAGUGAAUGUUCCUGUGUUCUUGGUAUAACAAGAGCCUUUAUGCCAAUUAUGCACUUAACUCUUUAACCUGGUGAUAUUCAUUUGUUCAAUCAUCCUUUUCAGAUUACUAAUUUUAACAAACAUACCCCUUUUUAAAAUGUGUGUCUUGAUGGGAAAAUUGUUUGACAGGACCACGUCUAUGUUUGUAGUGUUCUUUAAGUUGCUGUAGCUCCUGACCUGUAUGUAAAACACUGGUUAGGGCCACUGCUCCGAGGGCUGGCAGCUCUGUGAACAAAAACUCUCAGCGUUUUUGUUCUAGGACUGACUUCUCUUCUUCCUGUGUACCUACCUGUCUUUCCAUAGCUGCUUGCUAGUAGGAAAAAACUUGGUGUGUGCGCUGCCCCAGGAAGGUGAACAGAAAGUUACACAUGGUUGGUGGAAGCUGAAAGUGCCUGAGCUGGAAGCACGAGGAGUCUCACAGGAAGUAGAAGGGGCAGUGAGGGAACGGCCAGAGCCAAAGCUCCACGUGGGCAAGAGGGAGCAGGAAGGAACUGACCCAUGGCGUUGGUCCCUCUGCCUCAAACUUGGGAUCUGAAGGCUGCAUCAGGCUGAAAGACACUGAGACUGUUCUUCCUGGAGUUCGUGGGGGGAGCCUUUGAAAGCCAAGGCCUCCGGCCCAGCCCAGUUUUGAAGCGUUGACUGGCAGCUCCCUGGUCCUUCAGGGAGCUUUGGGAAUGACCCCACAAAACUCAAAUCUCACUAAGGGUUAGGUCUCAGAUUCAGACUCAGGGGUUUGUAAAAAUGGUGAGCUCUACUUCCAGUUUUGGUUUAAAUGACAAAUCCAGCUCCUUACACCAAGUCACUACACUGGAGGAGAGAUGUACUCUGAUGAUUUUCCUGCCUGUUUCAUCUUAGCAUAGGAUCAAAGGAUGGAAAAGGCUGACACAGUUUCUAAAGCUGAGAUCAACAAUCUUCCAUGUUCUGGUUUUUCACUUAUUUUUCUCUAUCUCCCCAUCCCCUUAGGUUGCAUAUCUGUUUUCGUGACCCUGACACUGCUGUCGUCACUGUCCCAAUACCCAUUUAUUUAUUUGAGAGUGGGGGGGAGAAGAAAGAGAAUGGGAUGUUUUGAAAGCACUUUGCAACUUACCAGUAUCUGAAUAUCCCCUGCUGUUGUGGGGAGAAGCACUGAAUGCACUGAAGAGAGUUCCUUCUGAAUGAAAUGGGAGGGAGGAAGUGUUCUUUUCAAUAAAUGAAGGGGGAAAAGUUUGCUUACAAGGUAGAGACAAGAUUCAAGACAUAGCAGAAGAGUGGAAAGCAAAUAUUGUCCACUUAAAUGAGGCUGUUAUUGACUUUCUCUGCCAAUGCUUUAGAGCUUUUGUUGAAUUAACAUAAAAGGAGCAAGAGUCUAAAUAGAGAUAUUCUGUGUGUGUGUACAACUCGUUUUCUGAACUGGAUUUCUACUUGCUGUAAUUCAUACACAGUCUAACAGCUCAUUGUCAUCUUUAAUAAACUAAACAAACAAAAUUCUGCCUUUCUUUUGCCUGCCUUGACUAUUAGGAAAUGGUAUUGAGUGUCUACCGUAAAGCAGGCAUGUCUGAAAAUUCAGGUGGUUUCUGUGUUACAAUGCCAAGAAAACUGGACCUUACAGGUUAGAAAAAACUGGACCUUACAGGUUGGAAUGCUUCAUCAUUGGCUUGCUAUGUGGUGUUGAGCUGAUCACUUCGCCUGUCUGGAUUUCUGUUUCUUCAUGUAUGAAGGGACUUUGUGGCACAUAGUCCCUUCCAGUGCAUGGGCGUGCCCCCUCUCCAUCCCUUUAUCAUGUAACGUGAGGUAAAUCUUUCUCUCCACGAUAUCUGAAUCGUCUUAGAUGCUUUAGUCCCAUUGGCUUUGAGUUUCUGUCCUGUGGCCCAGGACAGGGCUGGAGUUCCAGCUCCACCCUGAAACUUUCUGAACAUUUCCCCUUCGAUGUCCCUUGGUCAUCUCCAACUGAUAUAUCUAAACCCAAUAUAAAUAUUUCCCCAAACCUAACCAUUAGUCACCCAAUUUAAAUAUUUAGUUGUCUUUGACUCCUUCCUCUCAGAGUCAGGUGACAUGUUUGGCCAGGAAAAGCA